UCUACGCUCACAGCACACAGCAGCCCGUCUGUCUGUCUGUAGUUUAUCUGUAGUCCAGUGUCAGGCUGCGAGGGCUACUCGAACCGGCGACCAGUUGGUCAGUUGUUGUGUAAUUUCCUCCACAUAUCUUUGCAUCAGAGACUUUGACCAAAACAUGCUUUGAUCCUCCGGUGGCUGCUGGGAAAUAAAGCGCCUCUCUGUGCUGCUCGGUUUCUGUUCCUUAAAGCGUCUCUUUCUCCGGAGAAAUGUCAGCUGUCAACUCGGACCAGAUCCUGAACCGAACCGGAGCCGAGCCGGAGCAGCAGGAGGAGGCCGGGAUCCUGCAGCAGCAGACCGUGUUUGUCAUCCUAGACUCGGCUGAAACACUCAACCUGGUCCGGGUGGAGUCUGGUAUCGUCGCUGACUUCGAGGUCGACGGUUUGCUGCCGUCAGACUGCGACACUUUCUACGAGAUCAAGAGUCAGCCAAUCAGCAUCAGUACAUCAGCAGCAGCUUCCUCCUCUUCCUCGUAUUCUUCCUCGCUGCCGUCAGCCAUGUCGUCCAGGGUUCUGAUGCGUCAGGACCUGAUGCGUCAGCAGGCUCUGGAGGAGGAGCAGAAGGAGGUGCAGCAGCAGCUCCUCCGCCCCCCCGCUGACCCGUCCUCCCCCAUCUCCGUCUCCGUGGCCUCCUCCUGCACGCCUCCCGCUCAGGUCCCUGUGGAGGUGCUCAAGGUGCAGACUCACCUGGAGAACCCCACCAGGUAUCACAUCCAGCAGGCUCAGAGGCAGCAGGUGCGUCAGUAUCUCUCCACGGCCAAGACAGCCAAUCAGGAGUCGGUGCCCAAACUGCAGCCGGCACACAUCAGCCGCAAAAAACAGAUGGAAGACACGGUCAUCGAUGACAUCAUCAGCCUGGAGUCGGGCCUGAGUGACGAAUUUCUGACGCUGAUCGACUCUGGACUGCAGCUCGCCAACACGCUACCGGUUUCGGGGAACAUGCUGGACGUGUACGGCGGCGGCGGGGGGAUGGCCACGCCCACCGUCACCGUUAGCAACAGCUGCCCGGCCGACCUGCACGUCGUGAAAAGGGAGAUCAAUGAGGUGGAGACCAAAGCGAUGAUGAAAGAGAGACAAAAGAAAGACAACCACAACCUCAUCGAGAGGAGGCGGAGGUUCAACAUCAACGAUCGGAUCAAAGAACUCGGAGCUCUCAUCCCCAAAUCCACUGAUCCGGAAUCGAGGUGGAACAAAGGAACCAUCCUGAAGGCGUCGGUGGAUUACAUCCGCAAGCUGCAGAAGGAGCAACAGCGAGCCCGAGAGAUGGAGGAGAGACAGAGGAGGCUGGAGAACACCAACCACACCCUGAUGCUCCGCAUACAGGAGUUGGAGCGCCAGACUCGCCUCCACAGCCUCAACUCUUCCUCCUCCUCCUCCUCCUCUCUGGACCCCCAGGCAAUGCUCUCCCCCUCCCUGCCUCACCUCUUCUCCUCCCCCUCCCCCCGAUCCGCCCCAUCGCUGGGUCUGGACGCGCUGAGCUUCGUCGAUCUGGACGAGCCUCGGGCGGCCUCGCCGGUCUUCUCCCCGGACCUGAUGUCGGACGUGGCUCUGACGGAUUUCCGUGGCCUGGCGGACAUCCUGAUGGAGGAAGGAGGGGAAGGUGGGGGGGCCAUGUCAGACCCCCUGCUGUCCUGCGGAGCCUCGAAGACCAGCAGCCGGAGGAGCAGCUUCAGCAUGGACGAGGACCUGUGACCAGGGUUCAAAAUUUACUUUUUUCAUCCACUGGCCAAAUGGCUAGUGGAUGUUGACAUUGUUGACCAACCACUCAAUAGAUUACCAUUGUUUUUUUUGGGGGGGGGCUUGUGAGAGUGAAGCAAAUCUACCAGCCACUUGCAUGUUUUACCAGCAUUUGGCUGGUGGAUGUCGUUAACUUUGAACCCUGCCUGUGACGCACAGGCCGGGCUUUUCUAAUUGGCCAGAGGCAGGAUGCCGCCCUGUGACAUCAUCCAAACAAAUAACGCACAUAGGUUAUGUCACGGGGAACAACCGUGGGCUGAAUCUCACUUCCGUUUGAAUUGCAUCCACGUUUCCUCCACUUGUUUUCCUCCUCCAAAUCAUGCGAGGAGAGAGGGAACGAGGGAAUGUGUUUAUAGAGGGAUGAGACUUCCUUUCCUCUGAAGCGUCACGUGACUUUGUCAGCUGUGUGGGCGGAGUUAGCAACUCCUUCAGCUGCACGGC